AUGGCCCAGAUGUCCACACCUGAGAUGGUGACUCUGGGCUUCCACUAUAUUCAAUGCAAGCUGGAAGGUGGAAAACCAGAUUUUUUCCUCAGUCAGCGAAGAUUCUGUGCAACAGUCAUCCAGACAGGGUUCACUGAUCGCCCUGACCUCCAGGUUACCCUCUUUGUGGUUUUCCUGCUCAUCUAUGUCAUCACCAUGGUGGGGAACAUUGGCAUCAUUGCUGUCAUCCGGCUCGAUGCCCAGCUUCAAACCCCCAUGUACUUCUUCCUCAGCAACUUGUCCUUCUUGGAUCUGUGCUACUCCUCAGUUGUACAGCUCUAUUUCUAUCUUGUUUUUGUAAUAGCGGAGUGCUACCUCCUGGCUGUGAUGGCAUACGAUCGCUACGUUGCCAUCUACAAUCCUCUGCGCUACCCCAUAGUCAUGUCCCAGAAGGUCUGCAUUUCCCUCUUGGCUGGGUCCUACACAGUUGGGUCUUUUAGUCUGAUCAUGUUCACAGGGUUUGCGUUGAGAGUGUCCUUCUGUGGCCCCAAUGUCAUUGACCACUUCUUCUGUGAUGGGCCACCGCUGUCAAAACUGGCCUGCUCUGAUACUCGCCUCAACCAGGUGUUGGUACUUGCUUUUGGGGGCUUCAAUGAGGUCACCACUGUAUCAGUUGUCCUCAUCUCCUAUGGCCGCAUCCUAUUGAUCAUCCUGAGGAUGGGCUCUGUGCAGGGCAAGCAUAAAGCUUUUGGCACAUGUGUGUCCCACCUAGUUGUUGUCACUAUUUUCUACGGGACCCUUGUCUUCAUGUACCUGAGGCCCAGCUCCAGCUACUCCCUGGGCAGGGACAAAAUCGUUUCUGUCUUUUACACGGUGGUGACCCCCAUGCUGAACCCCUUCAUCUACAGCCUGAGGAACCAGGAGGUGAAGAGUGCUCUGAAGAGAGCGGUGGGGGGAAUAAUUUCCCCGCUAAAGCGGUAA